UACAUAUAGAACACUAUGGUAUAGUGUAACUAAAAAUGGAUCAAAACUUGAAUUGACAUUUAAAGUGUUUGAAACAUUCAAUGGAUUAACAUUACAUUGAAUGUCAUUUAAUGUAGAGUUUUGUUAAAAAUAUUAUUAAGUGAAUCGGUGUCACAAUUGGUCACAACUAUUGAGUCAAAUGUCGGUAAUGAAGGCCCGAAAGGGAUCACUGGAGGGACAGUCAGUUGAGACGACAUCGCUGUUGGCGGACGUCAAGCAAAUGUGUAGCAAACUAUCGCUCCGUAACCGCAAUGCGGCCGAACUGAAUCUCUUGUUGUCGAACCCACACGUGGCCGGACUCGCCGAAGCUCACGACAAUGUUGUUCACCGAGCCUUCGAUGACUCUGAUGGCCAGUCAUACGAGAUGGACGUGUUUGGCAGCGAAUCGGGCGACGACUCGAGUCCUAUCAGUGCUAUACGAAUGGUCGGAAUUCGCAAAUUAGACAACGAACCCCUCGGGAUGACUGUGGCCGUAGAAGACGGUCUUAUAGUAAUUGCCCGAAUAUUGGCCGGGAGUGUCAUUGACCGCCAAGGUUUGCUGCACGUCGGCGAUGUUAUAUUGGAAGCAAAUGGUAUCGAAAUUACGAGUCCGGAACAGUUACAGGAAGAGCUCAAGAAAUGUAAGGGUGGUAUCACUUUGAAAGUCUCGCCGUCGAGUAGAGACCAAACACAACAUUCCGUCUCUUAUAUGCGCGCUCUCUAUAACUACGAACCCAUUGAAGAUCAUCUGCUGCCGUGUCGUGAAGUGGGUCUGGCCUUCAAACAGGGAGACAUACUUGAGAUCUUGAAUCAAGAGGACCCUAACUGGUGGCAGGCGAGGAAUAUCAAUGAACCCAACACUCACGCAGGUCUUGUUCCGUCACAAGAAUUAGAGGAACGGCGUCGAGCUUUUGUAAGACCAGAGUUUGAUUACGCGACACAAACCAGUAUUUGUGGCACAAGAAUAACAAAGAAAAAGAAGAAAGAGAUGUAUCAGUUGCAGGCCAACGCUGAGUUUGAUAAGGCAGAGCUAUUGCUCUAUGAGGAGGUAUGUCGGACACCACCAUUUGAACGCAAGACACUGGUUCUGGUGGGCGCUCAAGGAGUUGGUAGGCGUACACUAAAGUCGCGUAUGAUAUCAUACGAUACCGAAAGAUUUGCUACACCACUGCCACAUACAUCACGUCCAAUAAGAGAUGGAGAAAUCGAUGGAAAGCAAUACCAUUUUGUGCGCAGAGAUAUCAUGGAAGCAGAUAUUGCCGACAAUAAGUAUCUCGAAUUCGGCGAAUUUCAAGAUCAUCUCUACGGUACUAAAUUGGACUCAAUUCGAUCUAUUAUUAAAUCUGGAAGAAUGUGUGUUAUUGACUGCAAUCCACAGAGUUUGAAAAUGUUUAAAACGGCUGAAUUUAUGCCAUACAUUGUUUUCAUUGCCGCACCACCUCUGGAUCAAUUACGUUAUAUGCAUGAAUAUGGUAGACAUCAAGGCUUAGGUGUUUCACGAUAUCAAACGUUUGACAGAGCAUUGGGUAGACAUAGUUCACGACGGGUUCGCACACUUCAGAGUUUAGCCUCAUUUUAUGAAGAAGAAGAUCUUCAGGUGACCGUUGAAGAGAGCGCACGAUUACAACGGGCUUACGAUAAAUAUUUUGAUUUAGUAAUCAUUAACAACAACUUCGAGAAAACAUUUGAACAAUUAAGAGAUGCCGUCGACUCACUCACUAUUGAACACCAAUGGGUGCCUAUAGAUUGGGUUUAUAGUGGAGAUGACUAAUAAUUGCUCAGAAAUUUAAUUGAUUUCUAUCUAAUUAUGAUUUGAAUACAACUUUAAUUGAUUAGUAAUAUUCAAAAUUACAAUUUAUAUAUCAUUAAUAACACAUUCCUUUUAUAUUACAAUUUCAUACUUUUAAGUGUUAAAUCACUUUAAUCUUAUUAUACGAAUCUCUCUAAGUUUAAAAACUUAUCGCAAUUAAAGUUUUGAGAUCUUUUCA